AUGGGUCCCAAAACCAAAAGUCAAUCCCUCGAUAAACAUAAACUUCAAUUGGGCGAUUGCCUUGGGAGGGGUGCGUUUGGUUCGGUCUAUCAUGCUAUAAACUGGGAAAAUGGCGAGGCGUUUGCUGUUAAGCAAGUGAAGCUUAGCAAUAUACCAGAAUCAGAACUCGAUAGAGAGAUUGAGCUAUUGAGUAUCCUCAAUCAUGAUAAUAUUGUAAAAUAUAUUGGAUUCGAAAAGACCAACGAGUCAUUGUAUAUUAUUUUGGAAUACUGCGAAAACGGCUCACUCCACACAAUAUGCAGGAAAUUCGGAAAAUUUCCCGAACAUCUCGUAGCAGUCUACAUAGGCCAAGUGCUCGACGGCCUAUUAUAUCUGCAUGAGCAAGGAGUUAUCCACCGUGACAUCAAAGGUGCGAACAUACUGACUACCAAAAAUGGCCAAGUGAAAUUAGCAGAUUUCGGGGUCGCCACCAAAACAAACGCGUUAAAUGAUUUUGCGGUGGUCGGAUCGCCGUACUGGAUGGCGCCCGAGGUAAUCGAGUUGUCAGGCGCGACAACCGCUUCAGAUAUCUGGAGUGUUGGGUGUGUCGUGAUAGAGUUGUUAGAGGGGAAACCACCAUACUCGCAUUUAGAUCCAAUGCCGGCAUUGUUUCGGAUUGUGCAGGAUGAACAUCCGCCGUUGCCAGAGAGCGCGUCUCCCGCAGUCAAGAAUUUUUUGAUGCAGUGUUUUCAGAAGGAUGCUAAUUUGAGAGUUUCGGCAAAAAAGUUGCUGAAACAUCCGUGGAUUACUAGCGUGCGUGGUGGAAUAAGUACAAUAAGAGAAAAGACUCUGCCACGAUCUACGAAAAUGCCUAGGAUUACUGAAUAUGAGGAAAUUUUACAAAGCGUUAAAGAUUAUAAUCUAGCGUUAGAUGAGACAAUUAAUCCACCACCGUCCCGGAGACGAAGUUCUGUGUCAAAAAAACCAUCACGCUCUUCUAUCCAACAAUAUCAGAUGCUGACUAGAAAUCCAGAUUCUUCUUCCGCCUCGGCUAGUCCUAAUACCAAUCCAAUAUUAUCACCCCCGUCUUCGUCUUAUUCAACGUUGAAAAUUCCAAAAUCAUACAAGCCACCGUCAGUUCUCGAAACUAGCAAUUGGGACACUGGCGCUAUAGUAUUCUCCCCUAAUGUCGUGGACCAUACCAAUGCAGAAUCGGCAAAUGACAAUUGGGAUGAUGAUUUUGAGGAUUCUAUUACUUAUUCAAAAAUAAAUAAUCACGAUUGUAAGCCUCCCCCUCCUAUACCACCUACACCACAAUCUUCACGUAAUAAUCGGCCAUUAACGCCACCAACAUCACCAGAAAUGUCACCAACCUCACAACCAUCACCCUCAACUAUUAAUUCAACCGCGAUAAAACAACCACCCGUUCACUAUCGUCGUAAUUCAUAUUAUGACGAAGAAAGUCAAGGCGAAUUUCAGAAAUAUCGUGAAUCAGACGAGGAUAAUUUCGAGGAUGCAUUUUCCGAACAAGAUGAUGAAAAUCUAAUACUGAAUACUCGUCUAUCGAGUAACAGUUGGUUUGGCGAUGAUGUAAGUGAUGAAGAUGAUCCUUUUAUUGAAAUAAAUGAAGGAUUAGACGAAAUGGAUCUGCAGGCUAAUAUUGCAAGAGAUAAGUAUGCUCGUGCUUGUUCGCGUCUCGCUGAUCUUAUAAACGCGUUGCAGCCAAGUGAAUCGGAAGAUCAAUUAACGAACUUUUGCGACGAAAUUAUCCGAUUAUUAAGUGAGCAUAAAGAACUCAAAAAUCAUCUCAUCAUUUUCCAUGGUGUAAUUCCAAUAUUGGAGAUGUUGGAAAUGUGCUCAUUCGAAAGAGUAGUUAACCGACUUCUUAGAAUUGUUAAUUCAAUAAUCAAAGAUAAUCAAAAUCUUCAAGAGAAUCUUUGCCUGGUUGGUGGAAUUCCCGUGAUUAAGAAUUUCACUUCAAAACGACACUCUUACGAGAUUCGUCUUCAAGCUGGAUUAUUUAUUCGACAAAUGUGUCACACAUCAACGUUAACGCUGCAAAUGUUUGUCUCUUGUCGUGGACUCAAAGUGCUUGUUGAUUUUCUUGAAGAAGAUUACACGCGUCACAAAGAACUUGUUUGGAUCGCUAUAAAUGGAAUUUGGAGCGUGUUUGAAUUGCAAAGUCCAACGCCGAAAAACGACUUUUGUCGAUUAUUUGCAAAAAGUGGCUUAUUGGACCCAUUGUCAAUCAUUUUGCAUCAAACUCUAGAAGACCAAGAUCCAGCAGCUGGUGAAUAUGUCGAAAAAAUAGCGAGAAUCUUUUUACUUUUUUCGUCUGCUGAAGCUUACGUUAAAGAAUCGAUGGUCAUCGGAAGAGUAAUAAUACGGAUUCUCGAAGCUCUGUAUAAUCUACCAUAUAACAUUUGCGUGAUUAUGUUGAAAUGUAUAAAGAAUUUAUCAAUGAAUUCAAACACGUUAGAGUCAUUGCAAAGUGCUGGUGCAAUCGAAGUAUUGACAGAUAUUUUAGCUAAAAAAAGUUCACCAAACAGGCCAGAGAUUGCAAAUCAAGUUCUCAAUACAAUGUUUAAUCUUUGUCGCAUAAAUAAAUCACGACAAGAGAAAGCAGCACAGGCUGGCAUCAUUCCUUAUUUACAAUCAUUUGCACAAUCACAAUCUCGACAAUUUGCGAUUCGACAAUUCGCAUUACCAAUUUUAUGUGAUAUGGCUCAUGGAAAUAGAGUUUGUCGUGAUUUGCUUUGGAAAUACAAUGGUCUCCGGUUUUACAUAUCAUUGUUGAUUGAUCCUUAUUGGCAAGUUAAUGCACUAGAGGCGAUUCUUGUUUGGCUACAAGAAGAAAAGCAUCGCGUGGAGCCGAUUCUUUUGGAACCUCAGAAUAUUGAACGCAUUAUUCAAGCAUUUGUCACCGCUAAAGCAAACUCUUUCGAAAAUAUUCUGGGACCAUUGCACUUGAUCACACGGCUAUCGCCAAAAACAGCGUACGCAUUGGCAAAACCUACAUUUUUUAAACGGUUACUUCAACGCCUUCACCAUAAGAAACCUAUAGUACGAUUGAAUAUGUUAAAAAUCCUCAAAUCAUUAUGUGAUGCCUAUCCCACUGUCAUUGAACAAUAUGAAAGUUUAUUUGACCAUAUUAGUCAAAUGUUCAACGAGGAUCCUUCAAUGCUAGUAAGAGAAUUGGCUAAAGAAAUUAUUACGAUUUUACAAGACUCUUUUAGAUCCAGGGAAGCACAAAAUCAGAUAAACUCUUUUCAGAUGCCUAUCAAAGAAGAAGAUGAAUAUAGUCAUCAAUCAACCGUCAUUCUAAUCCGGAAGAAUAUAUUACGCGGAAAAGAAACGGAUGGCGAUGGUGAUGAUGCAAAAGACGUCGUCGAAGAGAAGGAUGUGGACAGCGAAAAAGUAGUUACAUCAAUUAAUAGUUCUGAUAAUUUCACUAAACAAGGCGUAAAUACAAUAAGAGGUUUCAAUACUAAUAUGGAUAAUGCAAAUAGUACAACAGUAAAAAAUCGACAUUUAUCCUCUGCUGCAUCAUCUUCAACUUUAUCAGUAUCAACAGUUUCACCAAUAAGAAAUCGUCCUCGUGCAUCUUCAAGUCCUCUAGCACCUAGUUCUCGACGAACAAAACCAAAUGUACAUCAACCACGUCCAUCAUCCACUGGUCCAUCUUUAUCACCGGAAAUCCCAGAAAAUAAAAAUAGUUCAUUAUCAGUAACAACUAAUAGUCGGCAGAAAACAUCGACGUCAUCAGCUUCAAGUUCUAAAAAUGCAACUCCAUACACUUCUCAAAGAUCAUCAACUAAAUCACUCAAUUUUCCAUAUGAACAUAUCCGUAAACGUUCAGAAUCACGUAAAUCUCGACUAUCAACUCAUACAACUUUCAAAAUAAUCGAAGCAUCAUCGUCCUCAGUUAAUGCAGCCAAUAUCGCAGUUGAUCCAAAAUCACCCACGCCUAAAAAAUCUACUAACGGUACUAUUAGCUCGGUGGCCUCAGUUGCGAGUUUCGAUAGCAAAGUCACAAAAUGCACAUAUCCUGGAUGUGUAGUGAAAUGGGUGAAAUCAAAAUUAAGCAGAGGAUUGGUGAUGACAAUGGAUUACUUGAAAUGGAAAACAUCCAAUGAUAUCUCGGAAUUCUGA